AUGGAGACGUACCACGGCUUCGUGCGUACUCCCGGCGACGCCAUCAAAUUAUUCGAGGCAUGUCGGCUGGGGCUGCUACCCAGAGUACAGCGUCGGCUUUCUGAAAAGGAGAGGCAGUCGAUUCGCUCCGGUUCCGUCUUUGUAUGGGACGAGAGGGAAGCUGGCAUGAGGCGGUGGACUGAUGGAAAGUCCUGGAGUGCUAGUCGUGUAUCUGGCAGCUUCUUGACCUAUCGUGAAAUGGAAGGCAAGCGAGGGGGGGGAUUUGGAAGUGGACGACGAGGCGCCGGGAAGACACCUGAUUCUGGCCGUGGAAGCGACGAGGACCAUGAUGACGGCGAGCCUGAGGGCUAUCGAUACAAAGCCGACGGUUUGAUGAAGCAGUCUUUCAGCAUCAUUACCUCAACUGGCCAACACCUUCAUCUGAUUUCAUACUACUCGCGCCCUCAACCAGGCCAGCCUGAACUCCCUCAACCCAGCUCCGAUCCUUCUCUUAGAGGAAUCGCCCCUCCAAAGGGGAUGUAUCCAGAGUCAAGUAUGGGCGAGACGAACCAGACUCCUGCUCUAACCCGGGCACCGAUGCAACAGCCGUAUAUGAUUGCUCCUCACCACGCCCACGCCCACCAACAAGCCUAUGUUCACUACGCCCAGCAGGGAUACGGAUGGCCACCAUCGCCUGCCGCUACUCCUCCAUACGCACAUUACGCGCCGGCUCCAUUCCCGCCGGGUACUCAUCUUCAUUCUCUUCAUCCUCCUCACAUGACCCAGGUUUCUUCGCAACUCCCUAUUGCAUAUGCGGCGUCUCACUAUACUCACGCACCACCGCCGCCACACUACGACCGUCCUUCACUUCCACCCCUGCCGCAGUCCAAACCCGCCUCGAUCCCAGCAUACCAACGGGGAGCAUCGCCGCCUAGACUCCAAGACUCUCCCGGACACAGGGAACGACUGGGGUCACAUGGACCGCUGCCAGCACUCAACUCUGUCACAGCGCCGAUCCCACAUCCAGGCAUGACACCACCGACCCGAAAUCACAGCGUGAGCCCGCCAAGAAGUUCCCACGAGAGCGGUUUGCCCAGUGGCUUUCCCAGUGGUCACAGAUCCAGCUUGUCAGCGCUGCUCCACCCUGCUAGCGACUCUUCUAGUAGCAAACCUGCUAGCAAUGGCUCCAGCAGUAGCAGCCCACGGAUAAGCAAUGCUGCCUUGGAGAAAUGCGGUGUCAGCGAGGAUGCUAGAGCGUUACGAAUGCUGGACAAGAAAUUCUGUAUUUAA